AUGAAAGUCCUCUUUUUUGUACUUUUUUCAUCAAUCUUGUUGAUCAAAAUCUCAUCUCGGGUUUCAAGUUUAAACCCUGAUUCAGUGAUAAAGGAUGAUCUUGAUACAAUAGCAGAAGAUGAGAUGAUGAUGGAGUCUGAGGCCAGUAGGAGGCUGUUGCUGAUGGGGAGGAGGUAUAUAAGUUAUGAGACAUUGAGGAGGGAUGUGAUACCUUGUGGUACACCUGGUGCUUCAUAUUACAACUGUAAAGGGAAUGGAAAUGGGGUUGCAAAUCCUUACAACAGAGGAUGUGAAAUCAUCACAAUGUGUGCUAGAGAUGCUAUAAAUACAUAA